GCGGCGCCGUCGCCAUGGUGACGCGGCCCGGUCGCGGCCUACGCGCGGGGAUGGCGGCCCGGGCCCCGAUCCCGGCUCCUCUCGCGGUCGUUCCCUUCCUGCACGCCCCCCACCUGCAGCCGGGCGCUGCCCGCGGCGGCCCCCAGGACGACGGCCGGCCAUUUUCUCACGUUCAGUUCCCCCCUUACUGGGGGUAUCGCAGGCCGGCGCCGGCCGAGCCGCCCCGCAGCGGGGCCGUGUUGGGGCGGAGCGGGGCUGAGGGCGGCGGGCGCUGCUCAGAGACGCGCCUGGCGUUCCCGGAGCGGCCCCUGCAGCAGCGCGCCGCCCCCAGCCUCGCCCCGGCGCCGUGCGUCCAAAUGCACGCAGACCCCCGCAUUCGCAUCCGCUCCUCGGCGACGAAGGACGGCUUCCCCUGCCCCGCAGCCGCCCCCCCGCAGCCCGCCGUCCGCAGAGCGCAGCAGAGCAGCGGCGGAGUCCUUUGUGGAGACAGAGAGAAAAUCGGGCUCCCGCCGUCCAUCCACGCCACCUCGUACCCCGCGCACGAGGUUCACCCCGCUGCCAGGACGCGCCACUCGCGCAGCGGAUGUAUUCCCAUUAUUAAAGGGGAUGGACAGCCCUAUUACCACACUUCUCAUCAAACGCAGUUUAAAGGUGAAUACAGUCCACCUGCAAAGCCAAGUGAGAAGCACAAAUCUCGUAUUAAAUUUGGGGAUCCCAGAAGUAGUGGAUCUACGAGUGAGCAGAAGUAUGCCUACACUGCCCCAGACAAAAGGGAGCACAGAUUCUAUGACAAGGAACGUGCUGCCUUUCAGAUCUACCAUACAAACGUGCAGCCAGGGGAUGGUCUCACCAGGUUCUCCACCUCAAUGUCAGAGCUCUUUCCUGUACAUAAUGUAGAGCCUGUAGCUAUUGCCUGUCUGAACAAAAACACUUCAUCCAUCCCCAGAGGUGAUGAAGACCCAGAGAGAAAUCAUGCACUGGCAAGAAUUAUGACGACACAGUUCUUCUACCCAGAGACUGGCAGGUGGAACUUCUCACCGAAGCCUGACCUACUACUGCGGAAACAUGGAAGCAAUGUCUGCUUAGGAGAUGACCGUUCAGGCUCCUGUUUCUUCAGCACAACACAGCACUCAGACUACCAGCCACCACAACAGCCCCAGAGGGUGACAGGAGACAGCAAGAGCCAGCGUGACAGCCACAUCCCCUUCAACUACUACAAUGAAAAUCCCAUCACCACCUCCCAGGCUACGCUGGUCCCACACAGACAGCAGAAGCAACGACUCUCUGAAGACAUGCUACAGCAGAUGAAAUGCUCACACCUGGUGCUGCCCUGGAAGGAGCAGAGUCUCUUCAGCACUGAGCAGAAGGAUGAGUUCACACCUAAGCACAGAGACACAGUAGAAAUCCAAGCAGCAAACUCCCACGUGAGCUGCAUCCCACUGGGGACCCUGGAAGAAUAUUGCUCCCAGAGAAAGGUGCUCUUUACACCAUGAUGCUCCCCCUUUUCCCUGCUUGCCCAGAACUUCCUGCAACAUCAACUGCCUGCAUUGUGUGUUACCUAGUUGUUCUGCUGCUGCUGUUCUGGCCCUGCUCCUGGCCCAGCUGUGUGUUAUUACAGUGAACAUUUAUUUCAGGAGUUGAAUGAGGACAUGAAGUGUUGUGACAGCAAUAAACACCAGGGGAUUGGUCCAAAGACAUGGGUGACACCUCUCUCUGGAGUUGCAGGAUCCACGCAGAGUGCCUCCAGGCGGGUACAGGGGCAGGAGGGAGCAGGCACAGCAGGGGAAGCUCAGGGGAAGGGCAAGAGAUCAGAAGUGCUGUCAGAGCUGUGUGUGGGCUGGAAUAUUCUCGUGUUAUCUGUUUGGAUUUUGGUGUCAAGGCCCGAAACCAAAGGUCAGUGAACAGUAGGGCAGAGAAGCAGCCCUCUCCAGCUUAUGAUGAGCAGGGCUGUUUUCCUAGCAACAAGCAGAGUA